AUGCUAAGGACUUCGUUUGGUAGACCACUCAGGAGGUCACUAGUGAGGUACUAUGUCGAGCCAGUACCCAAACAUGUACCCUCGAACAAUAAUCUUGAGCAUACCCUAUCCCAUAAAGAAUUGAGAGAACAAGCUAUUGCCGAAGCAUUAGCCAGGGAAGAGGAAGCGAUUCAAAAAUCAAAACAGAUUCGUGAAUUAACUGAGAAAUCAAAAGAACUCAUCACUGUUUUGAACAAAACUCCAACUACUUUAAUGAAUGAACGUAUUGCCAAAUUGAAUCAAGAUUUGUCAAAAAUUCCUCAGGACAAGAUCAAACAACUUGAUGAACAGUUACGAGAAUACAUGAUAAAUAAUAUGCAUUUGACUGAUGAUAUCAUUGAGAAUAGACCAUGGGCGAAUAAGAAUCUUAAAAAUGGGCGCAAAAUAAGUGCUAAGGAAUCAGAAUCAAAGGCUUCAUCAAUGACCAAUCAAUACACUUCACAAUUCCCCAAUUUAAAACCAACACCUGAUUACAAAGAAUAUUCUGAACAAGAACUUUACUUGAGACAACUUGAUCAUCUUAGAACUAGUGGAGCAUUAGGUUCAAGACUCGAAAAUGUAUACAAACCUCAAAGAGAUACUACAAAUCCUCCAAGUAUCACGCAAACCACCAUUUCAAACUUGAUGGCUGCAGGUUGCCAUCUCGGUCAUGCAACUUCAUCAUUUAGAUCCAAUUUUCAACCAUUCAUUUACGGUACUUACAAUGGAAUCCAUUUAAUCGAUUUGAAUCAAACUAUUUCACAAUUGCAAACUGCGUGCAAAGUGAUUGAAGGUGUUAGUGAAAAGGGUGGAGUCAUACUAUUUGUAGGAACACACAAGAACUGGUCAAUCCAAGAAUCAUUGGUGGCGGCAGCUGAAAGAGCCAAAGGUUACUACGUGUCUAAGAGAUGGAUACCUGGUACAAUAACCAAUUACAUUGAAGUCUCAAAACAAAUCAAAGAUCCAUCAAUGAAGCAACAGAUUGAUAUGGAGAAUAAACCGCUCAAUUCUGCCGUAACUUCAAACUCAAUAAUCAAACCCGAUUUGGUCAUUUUAUUGAACCCAGUCGAGAAUAGAAAUUGUAUCAAGGAAUGUUUAUCAGCUUGUAUUCCAACUAUUGCGUUAUGUGAUACUGAUAUGGAACCUAGUUUGAUCACAUAUCCAAUUCCAUGUAAUGAUGAAAAUGUUCGAUCAGUUAAUUUGAUGCUUGGAAUUAUGUCCAAGGCUGCUGAGGCGGGAGUCAAGAGAAGAUUGGAUAUCAUCAAACAAUUGAAGGAAACUGAAAGACAAGCUGCUAAGCAACAAUUACAAGAGUCCCAACAAGAUCCGUUCCAAGAAGGUGCUGCUUUAUAA